AUGAAUAUCGCUACUAUCAACGCCGGAUUCGAGAAGGGUGACUUCCUCGUCAGAGAAGAGCAGGGAAAUAGAGUUUACUUCGAUUUCUUCGAAGAAGCUUUCAACUACAUCAGUAACAAGGGAUAUGCCCGCAUGUCUCGGGAAGACGAAAAGCAUUGGGUAGACCUCAUGAACGUCAUCCACGACAGUGUCAAGGGAGGAAUGAAGUACAACACUGGAACACUACUUAUGGUUCUAUCUAGACCUAACGGAGACGCUCCUGCUGCUGCUGCACCAGCCAAGGUCCCAGUACCACCAAAGAGUCCAUAG